AUGCAAGCUCUAGGUCGUCCGGUGGCUCACGUCGCCGUCGGAAGACCUUUGCUGGGCAUCCGGCUGGCAUCGCGGUCGGGACUCGGCAUACAGCGGCAUCCGGGCCGAGAGCAGCAGCAGCAGCAGCAGCAGCAGCGGGGACAUGCCUGUCUGCAGCACCGGACACGAGUCGCCCAUACACGAUUCUUUUCUUCUUCCCCACCGCCAAAGACGGAUGACAAGGAGUCGGCAUCGCCGGAAUCCCCGUCACCAAAGGAGCAGGAGCAGGUACAGCGAGAACCGCAGCAGCGGCAGCAGCCGCAAACCCCUCCCAAAGACACCACCUCGGCACGUACACUGGCCAAUCAAGCGAUCGAGAUGAAGGAGCGGUUCAGCCAACUGAUGGACCGACUUCAGAACCGGACCUUGGACGCGUCGCACACCAUGAACGACCUGACGGGGUACUCUGCCAUCGAGGCGAUCAAGGCGGAGAACGCGACGCUGGAGCGGGACCUGGCAUCUGCGCACGCCGCGCUCCACGCGGCGCGGCAGUCGUACAAGUCCUCCAACACGCGGCGGGCGGCGACGCAGCGCGAGGUGACGACCCUGCUGGCGCGCAAGGAGUCGUGGACGCCGACCGACCUGGAGCGCUUCACCGAGCUGUACCGCACCGACCACGUGCUGGAGGGGGAGGUGUCGGCGGCGCAGGAGGCCCUGACGGAGGCCGAGGCCGCCGAGCAGGCGCUCGGCCAGCGCCUCAACUCGGGCAUCCUCAAGCGGUACCACGAGGAGCAGAUCUGGAGCGACAAGAUCCGCAGGGCGAGCACCUGGGGCACAUUCGGCCUCAUGGGCAUGAACUUCCUGCUCUUCCUCGUCCUGCAGUUCGUCGCCGAGCCGUGGAAGCGCAAGAGGCUCGUCAACGGCGUCGUGGCCCAGGAGAAGGAGGCCCUCAUGGAGGUCCGGGCCGAGCUGGAGGCCGUCAAGUCCGCUCUCGUGGCCAGGCGGGAGGAGGAGGGCGGCCGGAUGAAGCCGCCGGCGGAGGAGGAGCUGAUGGUCGACAAGAUGAUCGCCGCCGCGGACGAUGCCACGGUCACGGUCAAGGCCGCGGCAGCAGAGGUCGAGACGCCGUCACCGUCGUCAUCGUCGUCACCGGCGCCGGCACCGGCACCGACAACCGCCCCUGCGGUGGCUGACGAGGCCGAGGCGCAGGCUCGGGCUGGGCCGUGGGAAGGUCUCGCCUGGAGGCAGCUUCUCGCCGAACCUGCCAGGUGGACAGAGGCGGCCAAGGAUCUGUACAGCGAACGGCAGUUGCAUCUACGCAUGAGGGACGUGUCUGCCGUGGCGUUGGAGGGCGUGGCCAUCGGGGCCGCCAUGGCCGGGAGCGUUGCCUGGAUGCUUUCCCGGAGGAGUUAG